AUGAGCAGGCUCCUCUCCCAAUCGUGGGGGCGCCUGCCCCGGCUGGCGACAAGCGCCCCCACCUUUCGUCCUCUCGGUGUUCGCUUUGCUAGCGAGGUCAAGGACCAGGAUAUUCGCAAGAAGUACUCCGCUACCCUCCUGCUCCCGAAGACGGACAUGCCGCUGCGUGCGAAGAACGCGCCAGCUACCGAGGACAAGUACCGCCACCGCACGACGGACGAACUCUACCGCGAGCAGUAUGCGACCAACGAGGGGCCGGUGUUCAUCUUGCAUGAUGGACCGCCGUAUGCGAACGGCAACCUCCACAUGGGGCACGCACUCAACAAGAUCCUCAAGGACAUGAUUAACCGUUACAACGUAAUCCGCGGACGCAAGGUCCACUACAUCCCCGGCUGGGACUGCCAUGGUCUGCCCAUCGAGCACAAGGCACUUGCGGCGCUUGGCAAGUCGCACACGUCCCUGGACCCCGUGAGCGUACGGCGGGAGGCGCGAAAGUUCGCGCUUGAGGCUAUCGAUGUCCAGAAGGCCGAGAUGAAGCAGCUCGGCGUCAUGGCUGACUGGGAUAACCCAGACGGCGUCUAUCGCACUCUUGACCACGAUUACGAGAUCCGGCAGCUCAAGAUGCUGCAGAUGAUGGUGUCGAAGGGCUUCAUCACCCACCGCCUUCGGCCUACAUAUUACUCGCCAUCGUCGCGGACUGCCCUGGCUGAGGCAGAGCUCGAGUACACAGACCUCAAAUCGAACUCAGUCUACGUCAGGUUCCCGGUCUCUGAAGAAUGGAUGACUCCUCGGUUGAAGGAGGCGUUCCAAAAGGGCAGGGAGGUCAGUCCCGAGGCUACUUUGAGUCUUGCAAUUUGGACAACAACGCCGUGGACGCUCCCGGCAAACAUGGGCGUCUCGGUGCACAACGAGAUUGCGUACGUGGUCGUGCUUGACAACGCGAAGCGGCUGCUUGUCGUGGCUGAGGAGCUCCUGGAGCCCCUUCAGGAGCGAUUCGGGAAGCUUCAAGUCAUUGACCGGCUCGAUGGCAAGCACCUCAUCGGUACCAAGUACCGCACCCUCUUCCACACCGGUGACCCUGAGUCGCUUCCAGCAAUCUUUGCGGCGGAUUAUGUCACGUCGGAGUCCGGAACUGGCCUUGUCCACUCCGCUCCGGGCCACGGACACGACGACUACGACGCGUUCCAAGACCAAAACAUCCCAAUGGAUGACUUGCGUUGCCCUGUGGAUGACGAGGGGCACUUCACCAACGAAAUUGUCCAGUGGUCCGGUAACCAGGCGUUCUCUGCUCUCGUUGGCAAAUAUGUCCUGGGCGCUGGAUCGAAAUUGAUGAUUGAGCAGCUUGAAGGUGCCGGAGUUCUGCUAGCCGAAGAGAAAAUCGAGCAUCGCUACCCUAUCGACUGGCGCACCAAGAAGCCCAUUAUUAUUCGGGCGACGCCGCAGUGGUUUUGCGAUGUCGGGUCGCUCAAGCCUUCAGCCGUUGAGGCGAUUGAGAACAUCAAGUUUGUUCCUCCUAAUGAGCUUACACCUGGCCGCAACCGCCUCUCUGCCACUGUUCUCUCGCGCUCCGAAUGGUGCAUCUCGCGGCAGCGGAGUUGGGGUGUUCCCAUCCCUGCGCUCUUCAACUCCAACGGGGAGCCUCUACUCACUGUGGAGUCUCUCGAGCACAUUAUUUCUGUGCUGCGAGAGAAGGGCAUUGACCACUGGUGGGCAGGUUCUGACGAUGAGUUUGUGCCUGCUAGCCACAAGGGCCAGGUGCUCACGAAGGGCUUGGACACCCUCGAUGUCUGGUUCGACAGUGGCACUUCGUGGUCGCUGAUUGCGGAUGCUCACUUGCGGUCUGAAUCUGAACCAUUAGCAGAUGUCUACCUCGAGGGUUCAGACCAGCAUCGUGGAUGGUUCCAAUCGUCCAUCCUCAUCCGCCUCGCCGCGCUUGAAAAGGACGGACACAAGCCGAUGGCCCCCUACCGCAACCUGAUUACGCACGGCUUCACGACCGACGAGAAGGGAAACAAGAUGAGCAAGUCGCUCGGUAACGGAAUUUCCCCGAUGGACGUGGUGAACGGAAAAAAGGGACGGGACGCAUUCGGAUCCGACACGUUGCGGUUAUGGGCGGCUGGAACAGACUACACUCGCGACGCCUCUAUCGGGCCUUCGAGCAUCUCACAUGCUGCAGAAGUACUGCGCAAACUGAGGAGCACUCUGCGUUUCAUGCUUGCAAAUACCGCCAAUGCCACACCCCUGCCUCUGGAGGAGGCCGGAUUGACACUGGUGGAGCGGUACAUCCUGCAUGAGCUCAGCACCUUGGAGCAGGUGGUUAGAGAAGCGUACGAAGACUUCACUUUCAACAAAGUUUUGCAGGGUGUGACUAGUUUUACAUCAUCGACCCUCUCGUCCUUUUACUUUGACGUCGCCAAGGACGCACUCUAUUGCGACCCUAUCAAUGGGCCGCGCCGGCAGGCCAUUAUCGCUACACAAAGCCACGUACUCAACGCUGUGCUCAAGAUGAUUGCCCCUAUUGUCCCGCAUCUGGCUGAAGAAGUGUAUGAGUCAACGAGAUCAAACCAUCACAAGAGCUCGGUCUUCCUGGAACAAUGGGCGAAGGGGGAGAGCUGGAUCGACAAGGAAGCUGCUGACGAGAUGGCUGUGUUACUAGCUGUUCGGGGUGAGGUGCUCAGCAUGUUGGAGACUGCGCGGCAGGACAAACACGUACGUGUGCCGACCGAGACUGCAGUGUACCUUGCCUCAUCGCCGACUAUGGAGAGCUUGUUGAAGAGGCACGCCACUCUGCUCCCAAGUAUUUUAGGAGUAUCCAUCGUCAAGUUGACGGCUCCGCCGCCAUCCACGUGGAGCGUCACAGGGGAAUCGGAAUCAGUUUCGAUCACCCUGGCUCCUGCACCCGCACACCAAUGUCCCCGUUGCUGGUUGUAUACCGCACCAGCCGAGGCCGAGCUGUGCCAACGGUGUGACAUGGCGUUAGGCGACAGCCCCACACCUAUGUGA